CCCGGUAGAUGUUGGCGCGUGACCUCUACUGCUUCCUUUCCUGUAGAGGCCGUCGAGAAAAAUGGCAAAAAUCAAGGCCAGAGAUCUGCGCGGUAAGAAGAAGGAGGAGCUGCUCAAACAGCUGGAUGACCUGAAAGUGGAACUUUCCCAGCUCCGAGUAGCUAAGGUCACCGGUGGUGCUGCCUCCAAGCUCUCUAAGAUCCGCGUUGUGCGCAAGUCCAUUGCCAGAGUUCUUACAGUCAUCAACCAGACACAGAAAGAAAAUCUGAGGAAAUUCUACAAGGGCAAGAAGUACAAGCCUUUGGACUUGAGGCCCAGAAAGACUCGUGCUAUUCGCCGGCAACUCACCAAGCAUGAGGAGAGCCUCAUGACCAAGAAGAUGCAGAAGAGGUCUCGUCUCUACUCCAUUCGCAAAUUCGCUGUCAAGGCCUGAGGCUGUGUUGCUGUUUUUUCUAUUGAAUAAAACACCCCAUCCCUGGUCAAAA